ACAUUCUUCAGGGGCAGCACCACUUUAUAUCAGAGAAUGAAGCUCUACAUCGAGGACAUGUGGAAUAAGUGUGACAUCACGGCAAUCUCACUCUUUGCACUGGGAAUGUGCUGCAGGUGUGUGUAUUUAGAUAUACACUGAGUGUACAAAACAUUAAGAACAUUAAGCUCUUUCCAUGACAGACUGAUCAGGUGAAUCCAGGUGAAAGCUAUGAUCCUUUAUUGAUGUCACUUGUUGAAAAUCCACUUCAAUCAGUAUAGAUGAAGGGGAGGAGACAGAUUAAAGAAGGAUUUUUAAAUUAUGAGAGAAUUGAGACAUGAUUGUGUAUGUGUGCCAUUCAGAGGGUGAAUGGGCAAGACAAAAUAUUUAAGUGCCUUUGAAUGGGGUAUGGUAGUAGGUGCCAGGCACACCGGUUUGAGUGUGUCAAGAACUGCAACGCUACUGGGUUUUUCACGCUCAACAGUUUCCUGUGUGUAUCAAGAAUGAUUCACCACCCAAAGGACAUCCAGCCAACUUGACACAACUGUGGGAAGCAUUGGAGUCAACAUGGGUCAGCAUCCCUGUGGAAUGCUUUCGACAUGUUAUAGAGUCCAUGCCCCUACGAAUUGAGGCUGUUCUGAGGGCAAAGGGGGGAGGGGUGUAACAUGUGUUUAUGUUUAUGUGUGUCGAUGUAAACAAUACUUUUUAUUUAUAUUAUUAUUUAAAAUGUAUGUACCGGUAGUUCUGUCCUUGAGCUGUUCUUGUCUAUUAAUGUUAUGUAUUAUGUUAUAUUUUAUGUUUUAUGUUUUGUAAAUGGACCCCAGGAAGAGUAGCAGCUGCAUCAGCAACAGCUAAUGGGGAUCCUAAUAAAUAAAUGAAUAUAUGGAUUGUGUGUGUGUGUGUCCCUGUGACUAUAACCAGCUGUUUGUUGUGUGUUCUAGAAUGUUCCCGUGGUCCUAUGAGUUUGGCCGUGCUGUGUUGGCUGUGGACUACAUGGUGUUUACCCUCCGUCUCAUCCACAUCUUCGCCAUCCACAAACAGCUGGGACCCAAGAUCAUCAUUGUUGAAAAAAUGGUGAGGGCUUUCUAAAAUAAAAUAGAAAACCCUGUGCACUGCAGUGCGUCUAAAUAAUAGACUUAGACAUUGCGUCGUUGUAUCUGUCUCAUUAUGGCAUCUGUGAGAGCAUGGACAGCGCCAUUGAGGCCAUCUAUAUUUUAAAGUAGUCAAUUUUCUUCUUCUACUUCUAUGAGUUGGCAAAUAAACUGAAAGGGUGCCAAAGAUGGUGGAUAAAUUAAGAUGAACGACUCCACCAUUAAAAAAAAUUUUUUUUCAAGGUUCCUGUCUGUGUAAGUGGGUGUUCCCUCUCUCGCGUGAGAAUGCUUUCCUGCGUGAGCUCACGGUUCCUCUAUAAUCUCUGGGAUGCUCACACAAGAGAGGGAACAGCUGGAUUUGGUCUACUUAUUGUCCCCUCCCCUCCCCGCUCGGCUCGCCCCACCCGCCCUGCCCCGACAUAUGAGAUGUCUCUUUUCUCUACCUCCGCGGGCCGGGGGCAUUAAGUAGACCAAAGCUGCCCCGCCCCGUUCAGAAAAAAUAAGGGAGUGGGAUGUCUCGCUUUAUCUACUGUCUCUGAAGGUGCAUACUGCCACCUAGAGUGUGUUGUUAGAACAGGUAUAAAGCCAAUGUUUGCGAUUUAUUGCCACCUGCAGUUAUGGAAUGUUUGCUCAUAAGUAUAAUUGGCUAGGCACUCCUGAUGACCUGCAUGGAAUCAUGUGAUCCUUCCUAAACCCAUAGGAAGUCCCACCCAGUUGACUACUUAAAAAUUGUGAAAGUCCUUAAUGGCGCUAGCCAUGCUAAAAUGGGCUUUUGGGCACUAAAGUAGUCUAUCUAUCGCUAUGGUCUAGAUUUAGGUGCUGGUUUUGGUAGUGACAACUAGUAUCCAAAAGAAAGUGUCAAAACUGCACACUAGCAAAAACAGGUGAUGCCAUUUUCCCCGAUGAAUAUUCUGUUCCCCUCCUGAUUGGCAGAUGAAAGACAUCUUCUUCUUCCUGUUCUUCCUGGCGGUGUGGCUCCUGGCCUACGGCGUAGCCAAUCAGGCGCUGCUCUACUCCUACGACCCCCGUCCCGGUUGGAUAUUUCGCAGAGUGUUCUACAGGCCGUACCUCCACAUAUUUGGACAGAUCCCCAUACACGAAAUGGAUGGUGCGUUGAUGUUUGUGUACGAAUGUGGUUUGCAUGUGCAUGUAACAUAGUAUAUUCUCACCUAGAUAUCAUAAAAUGAAUGCACUAACAGUAAAUUGCUCUGGAUUAGAGAGUCUGCAGAAUUAAUAAAAAAAAUUAUACAGUGGGGAAAAAAGGAUUUAGUCAGCCACCAAUUGUGCAAGUUCUCCCACUUAAAAAGAUGAGAGAGGCCUGUAAUUUUCAUCAUAGGUACACGUCAACUAUGACAGACAAAAUGAGAAAAAAAAUCCAGAAAAUCACAUUGUAGGAUUUUUAAUGAAUUUAUUUACAAAUUAUGGUGGAAAAUAAGUAUUUGGUCAAUAACAAAAGUUUCUCAGUACUUUGUUAUAUACCCUUUGUUGGCAAUGACACAGGUCAAACGUUUUCUGUAAUUCUUCACAAGGUUUUCACACACUGUUGCUGGUAUUUUGGCCCAUUCCUCCAUGCAGAUCUCCUCUAGAGCAGUGAUGUUUUGGGGCUGUCGCUGGGCAACACAGACUUUCAACUCCCUCCAAAGAUUUUCUAUGGGGUUGAGAUCUGGAAACUGGCUAGGCCACUCCAGGACCUUGAAAUGCUUCUUACGAAGCCACUCCUUCGUUGCCCGGGCGGUGUGUUUGGGAUCAUUGUCAUGCUGAAAGACCCAGCCAUGUUUCAUCUUCAAUGCCCUUGCUGAUGGAAGGAGGUUUUCACUCAAAAUCUCACGAUACAUGGCCCCAUUCAUUCUUUCCUUUACACGGAUCGUCCUGGUCCCUUUGCAGAAAAACAGCCCCAAAGCAUGAUGUUUCCACCCCCAUGCUUCACAGUAGGUAUGGUGUUCUUUGGAUGCAACUCAGCAUUCUUUGUCCUCCAAACACGACGAGUUGAGUUUUUACCAAAAAGUUCUAUUUUGGUUUCAUCUGACAUUCUCCCAAUCCUCUUCUGGAUCAUCCAAAUGCACUCUAGCAAACUUCAGACGGGCCUGGACAUGUACUGGCUUAAGCAGGGGGACUCGUCUUGCACUGCAGGAUUUGAGUCCCUGGCGGCGUAGUGUGUUACUGAUGGUAGGCUUUGUAACUUUGGUCCCAGCUCUCUGCAGGUCAUUCACUAGGUCCCCCCGUGUGGUUCUGGGAUUUUUGCUCACCGUUCUUGUGAUCAUUUUGACCCCACGGGGUGAGAUCUUGCGUGGAGCCCCAGAUCGAGGGAGAUUAUCAGUGGUCUUGUAUGUCUUCCAUUUCCUAAUAAUUGCUCCCACAGUUGAUUUCUUCAAACCAAGCUGCUUACCUAUUGCAUAUUCAGUCUUCCCAGCCUGGUGCAGGUCUACAAUUUUGUUUCUGGUGUCCUUUGACAGCUCGUUGGUCUUGGCCAUAGUGGAGUUUGGAGUGUGACUGUUUGAGGUUGUGGACAGGUGUAUUUUAUACUGAUAACAAGUUCAAACAGGUGCCAUUAAUAUAGGUAACGAGUGGAGGACAGAGGAGCCUCUUAAAGAAGAAGUUACAGGUCUGUGAGAGCCAGAAAUCUUGCUUGUUUGUAGGUGACCAAAUACUUAUUUUCCACCAUAAUUUGCAAAUAAAUUCAUAAAAAAUCCUACAAUGUGAUUUUCUGGAUUUUUUCCCCUCAAUUUGUCUGUCAUAGUUGACGUGUACCUAUGAUGAAAAUUACAGGCCUCUCUCAUCUUUUUAAGUGGGAGAACUUGCACAAUUGGUGGCUGACUAAAUACUUUUUUCCCCCACUGUAUAUUAAUGGUUUCUCUCUCUCUUUCUCUUUCUCUGUUCUUUCACUCCUCUCUCUCCCUGUAUCCCCUCUCAAUCCCUUACUUCAACCACUACCCAAUCUACCCUCUUUACCCUUUUAAAUAUGUAUUUUCACACCCCUCCUCCUGCUUCUUCCCAUCCUUUCAAACUCUCCCCUUCUCACUGUCUCCCGCCCUCCUCUCCCUAUCUCUGUCCUUAGCUGAUAAACUGGAGGAGGGGAGAGAGUGCACCAAUAAUGCCACCCUGGUCGAGGCGGGAGCAGAACCCUGCAUGAGUACCGACCACAAUUGGCUGGUGGUCAUCUUAUUGGUCAUCUUCCUGCUGGUCACCAACAUCCUCCUGGUCAACCUGCUCAUUGCAAUGUUCAGGUAAUGUACCCUCUCUCUCUGUCCCUAUUUCUCUCUCUGUCCCUAUUUCACUCUCUGUCUCUCUUUCACUCUCUCUGUCUCUUUUCACUUUGAUGAGUGUUGAGGAGAUUAUCGAGAGAUACCUUAGAGAUGUAUUAAUUCUCGAGACAUUAUUGUAAUAUUACUCUCAAGUAGCCAUACCUCCAAAUCACAUUUGCUGUCACGCUUCCUGCAGAAUUUUGUAUAGCCAAAACAGUUUGAAUCGUCUGCUGAUUUUUAUUAGAUGUUACAUUUCAAGAACCCUCGUAAAGCCUGGUUCUAGACGAGACUACUGUUUUGCAAAUUCCUUACAUCUAGAGCGCUACCUCCUGAGGUCACACACAACACUAGCCCGACAGUUGCCCCCUUCCAGACAGGGCAGUGUAAACAGAAUUGUCUUGUUCUGACCAACACUCCUACAGUAUAAAUCGUAAUAGCAGAGCAUUUCUUCAUGUAAUGAUUUUCAUGAUAUUGAUUAAAUGAAGCAUGGUUUGUUCUAAGGUAGGCCGAAAACCAAUCCAGUUAUACCCUAUGAAAGUCCUGCCUACUUCCCUUAUAUUCGUAUUCCUGGAUUAGUUGACUUCUUACCUGAUGCCUUUAAUGAAAGAUUGUUUUCAUAAUCGAAAACCUUCAUAAAAUACAUCAUUUACAUAUUAUGUACAGUGCCUUGCAAAAGUAUUCAUCCCCCUUGGCGUUUUUCCUAUUUGUUCCAUUACAACCUGUAAUUUAAAUAUAUUUUUAUUUGGAUUUCAUGUAAUGGACAUACACAAAAUAGUCCAAAUUGAUGAAGUGAAAUUAAAAAAAUUACUUGUUUCAAAACAUUCUAAAAAAUAAAUAACGGAAAAGUGGUGCUUGCAUAUGUAUUCAACCUCUUUGCUAUGAAGCCCCUAAAUAAGAUCUGGUGCAACAAUUACAGUGGGGAAAAAAAGUAUUUAGUCAGUCACCAAUUGUGCAAGUUCUCCCACUUAAAAAGAUGAGAGAGGCCUUUAAUUUUCAUCAUAGGUACACGUCAACUAUGACAGACAAAAUGAGGAAAAAAAAUCCAGAAAAUCACAUUGUAGGAUUUUUAAUGAAUUUAUUAGCAAAUUAUGGUGGAAAAUAAGUAUUUGGUCAAUAAUAAAAGUUUCUCAAUACUUUGUUAUAUACCCUUUGUUGGCAAUGACACAGGUCAAACGUUUUCUGUAAGUCUUCACAAGGUUUUCACACACUGUUGCUGGUAUUUUGGCCCAUUCCUCCAUGCAGAUCUCCUCUAGAGCAGUGAUGUUUUAGGGCUGUCGCUGGGCAACACGGACUUUCAACUCCCUCCAAAGAUUUUCUAUGGGGUUGAGAUCUGGAGACUGGCUAGGCCACUCCAGGACCUUAAAAUGCUUCUUACGAAGCCACUCCUUCGUUGCCCGGGCGGUGAGUUUGGGAUCAUUGUCAUGCUGAAAGACCCAGCCACGUUUCAUCUUCAAUGCCCUUGCUGAUGGAAGGAGGUUUUCACUCAAAAUCUCACGAUACAUGGCCCCAUUCAUUCUUUCCUUUACACGGAUCAGUUGUCCUGGUCCCUUUGCAGAAAAACAGCCCCAAAGCAUGAUGUUUCCACCCCCAUGCUUCACAGUAGGUAUGGUGUUCUUUGGAUGCAACUCAGCAUUCUUUGUCCUCCAAACACGACGAGUUGAGUUUUUACCAAAAAGUUCUAUUUUGGUUUCAUCUGACAUUCUCCCAAUCCUCUUCUGGAUCAUCCAAAUGCACUCUAGCAAACUUCAGACGGGCCUGGACAUGUACUGGCUUAAGCAGGGGGACUCGUCUUGCACUGCAGGAUUUGAGUCCCUGGCGGCGUAGUGUGUUACUGAUGGUAGGCUUUGUAACUUUGGUCCCAGCUCUCUGCAGGUCAUUCACUAGGUCCCCCCGUGUGGUUCUGGGAUUUUUGCUCACCGUUCUUGUGAUCAUUUUGACCCCACAGGGUGAGAUCUUGCGUGGAGCCCCAGAUCAAGGGAGAUUAUCAGUGGUCUUGUAUGUCUUCCAUUUCCUAAUAAUUGCUCCCACAGUUGAUUUCUUCAAACCAAGCUGCUUACCUAUUGCAGAUUCAGUCUUCCCAGCCUGGUGCAGGUCUACAAUUUUGUUUCUGGUGUCCUUUGACAGCUCUUUGGUCUUGGCCAUAGUGGAGUUUGGAGAUGUGACUGUUUGAGGUUGUGGACAGGUGUCUUUUAUACUGAUAACAAGUUCAAACAGGUGCCAUUAAUACAGGUAACGAGUGGAGGACAGGAGCCUCUUAAAGAAGAAGUUACAGGUCUGUGAGAGACAGAAAUCUUGCUUGUUUGUAGGUGACCAAAUACUUAUUUUCCAUCCUAAUUUGCAAAUAAAUUCAUUAAAAAUCCUACAAUGUGAUUUUCUGGAUUUUUUUUUCUCAUAUUGUCUGUCAUAGUUGACGUGUACCUAUGAUGAAAAUGACAGGCCUCUCUCAUCUUUUUAAGUGGGAGAACUUGCACAGUUGGUGGCUGACUAAAUACUUUUUUCCCCCACUGUACCUUCAAAAGUCACAUAAUUAGUUAAAUAAAGUCCACCUGUGUGCAAUCUAAGUGUCACAUGAUCUGUCACACGAUCUCAGUAUAUAUACACCUGUUCUGAAAGGCCCCAGAGUCUGCAACACCACUAAGCAAGGGGCACCACCAAGCAAGCAGCACCAUGAAAACCAAGGAGCUCUCCAAACUGGUCAGAGACAAAGUUGUAGAGAAGUACAGUAAAAAAAAAUCUGAAACUUUGAACAUCCCACGGAGCACCAUUAAAUCCAUUAUAAAAAAUUUGAAAGAAUAUGGCACCACAACAAGCCUCCCAAGAGAAGGCUGCCCACCAAAAUUCACGGACCAGGUAAGGAGGGCAUUAAUCAGAGAGGCAACAUACAGACCAAAGAUAACCCUGAAGGAGCUGCAAAGCUCCACAGCGGAGAUUGGAGUAUCUGUCCAUAUGACCACUUUAAGCCAUACAAUCCACAGAGCUGGGCUUUACGGAAGAGUGGCCAGAAAAAGCCAUUGCUUAAAGAAAAAAAUAAGCAAACACGUUUGGUGUUCGCCAAAAGGCAUGUGGGAGACUCCCCAAACAUAUGGAAGAAGGUACUCUGGUCAGAUGAGACGAAAAUUGAGCUUUUUGGCCAUCAAGGAAAACGCUAUGUCUUGCGCAAACCCAACACCUCUCUUCACCCCGAGAACACCAUCCCCACAGUGAAGCAUGGUGGGGGCAGAAUCAUUCUGUGGGGAUGUUUUUCAUCGGCAGGGACUGGGAAACUUGUCAGAAUUGAAGGAAUGAUGAAUGGCGCUAAAUACAGGGAAGUUCUUGAGGGAAACCUGUUUCAGUCUUCCAGAUAUUUGAGACUGGUACGGAGGUUCAUCUUCCAGCAGGACAAUGACCCUAAGCAUAGUGCUAAAGCAACACUCGAGUGGUUUAAGUGGAAACAUUUAAAUGUCUUGGAAAGGCCUAGUCAAAGCCCAGACCUCAAUCCAAUUGAGAAUCUGUGAUAUGACUUAAAGAUUGCUGUACACCAGCGGAACCCAUCCAACUUGAAGGAGCUGGAGCAGUUUUGCCUUUAAGAAUGGCCAAAAAUCCCAGUGGCUAGAUGUGCCAAGCUUAUAGAGACCCCAAGAGACGUGCAGCUGUAAUUGCUGCAAAAGGUGGCUCUACAAAGUACAGUGGGGGAAAAAGUAUUUAGUCAGCCACCAAUUGUGCAAGUUCUCCCACUUAAAAAGAUGAGAGAGGCCUGUAAUUUUCAUCAUAGGUACAUGUCAACUAUGACAGACAGAUUGAGAAGAAAAAAAUCCAGAAAAUCACAUUGUAGGAUUUUUUAUGAAUUUAUUUGCAAAUUAUGGUGGAAAAUAAGUAUUUGGUCACCUACAAACAAGCAAGAUUUCUGGCUCUCACAGACCUGUAACUUCUUCUUUAAGAGGCUCCUCUGUCCUCCACUCGUUACCUAUAUUAAUGGCACCUGUUUGAACUUGUUAUCAGUAUAAAAGACACCUGUCCACAACCUCAAACAGUCACACUCCAAACUCCACUAUGACCAAGACCAAAGAGCUGUCAAAGGACACCAGAAACAAAAUUGUAGACCUGCACCAGGCUGGGAAGACUGAAUCUGCAAUAGGUAAGCAGCUUGGUUUGAAGAAAUCAACUGUGGGAGCAAUUAUUAGGAAAUGGAAGACAUACAAGACCACUGAUAAUCUCCCUCGAUCUGGGGCUCCACGCAAGAUCUCACCCCGUGGGGUCAAAAUGAUCACAAGAACGGUGAGCAAAAAUCCCAGAACCACACGGGGGGACCUAGUGAAUGACCUGCAGAGAGCUGGGACCAAAGUAACAAAGCCUACCAUCAGUAACACACUACGCCGCCAGGGACUCAAAUCCUGCAGUGCGAGACGUGUCCCCCUGCUUAAGCCAGUACAUGUCCAGGCCCGUCUGAAGUUUGCUAGAGUGCAUUUGGAUGAUCCAGAAGAGGAUUGGGAGAAUGUCAUAUGGUCAGAUGAAACCAAAAUAUAACUUUUUGGUAAAAACUCAACUCGUCGUGUUUGGAGGACAAAAAAUGCUGAGUUGCAGCCAAAGAACACCAUACAUUUUACAUUUUACAUCAUUUAGCAGACGCUCUUAUCCAGAGCGACUUACAGUUAGUGCAUACAUUAUUCUUUUUUAUUUUCAUACUGGCCCCCCGUGGGAAUCGAACCCACAACCCUGGCGUUGCAAACACCAUGCUCUACCAACUGAGCUACCUCCCUGCCGGCCAUUCCCUCCCCUACCCUGGACCAAUUGUGCGCCACCCCAUUGGUCUCCCGGUUGCGGCCGGCUACAGCAGAGCCUGGAUUCGAACCAGGAUCUCUAGUGGCACAGCUAGCACUGCGAUGCAAUGCCUUAGACCACUGCGCCACUCGGGAGGUUACUGUGAAGCAUGGGGGUGGAAACAUUAUGCUUUUGGGCUGUUUUUCUGCAAAGGGACCAGGACGACUGAUCCGUGUAAAGGAAAGAAUGAAUGGGGCCAUGUAUCUUGAGAUUUUGAGUGAAAACCUCCUUCCAUCAGCAAGGGCAUUGAAGAUGAAACAUGGCUGGGUCUUUCAGCAUGACAAUGAUCCCAAACACACCGCCCGGGCAACGAAGGAGUGGCUUCGUAAGAAGCAUUUCAAGGUCCUGGAGUGGCCUAGCCAGAUCUCAACCCCAUAGAAAAUCUUUGGAGGGAGUUGAAAGUCUGUGUUGCCCAGCGACAGCCCCAAAACAUCACUGCUCUAGAGGAGAUCUGCAUGGAGGAAUGGGCCAAAAUACCAGCAACAGUGUGUGAAAACCUUGUGAAGACUUACAGAAAACGUUUGACCUGUGUCAUUGCCAACAAAGCGUAUACAGUGAGGGAAUAAAGUAUUUGAUCCCCUGCUGAUUUUGUACGUUUGCCCACUGACAAUGAAAUGAUCAGUCUAUAAUUUUAAUAGUAGGUUUAUUUGAACAGUGAGAGACAGAAUAACAACAAAAAAAUCCAGAAAAACACAAUGCAAAAAUGUAAUAAAUUGAUUUGCAUUUUAAUGAGGGAAAUAAGUAUUUGACCCCCUCUCAAUCAGAAAGCUUUCUGGCUCCCACGUGUCUUUUAUACAGGUAACGAGCUGAGAUUAGGAGCACACUCUUAAAGGGAGUGCUCCUAAUCUCAGUUUGUUACUUGUAUAAAAGACACCUGUCCACAGAAGCAAUCAAUCAAUCAGAUUCCAAACUCUCCACCAUGGCCAAGACCAAAGAGCUCUCCAAGGAUGUCAGGGACAAGAUUGUAGACCUACACAAGGCUGGAAUGGGCUACAAGACCAUCGCCAAGCAGCUUGGUGAGAAGGUGACAACAGAUGGUGCGAUUUUUCGCAAAUGGAAGAAACACAAAAUACUGUCUAUCUCCCUCGGCCUGGGGCUCCAUGCAAGAUCUCACCUCGUGGAGUUGCAGUGAUCAUGAGAACGGUGAGGAACCAGUCCAGAACUACACAGGAGGAUCUUGUCAAUGAUCGCAAGGCAGCUGGGACCAUAGUCACCAAGAAAACAAUUGGUAACACACUACGCCGUGAAGGACUGAAAUCCUGCAGCGCCCGCAAGGUCCCCCUGCUCAAGAAAGCACAUAUACAGGCCCGUCUGAAGUUUGCCAAUGAACAUCUGAAUGAUUCAGAGGAGAACUGGGUGAAAGGGUUGUGGUCAGAUGAGACCAAAAUGGAGCUCUUUGGCAUCAACUCAACUCGCCGUGUUUGGAGGAGGAGGAAUGCUGCUUAUGACCCCAAGAACACCAUCCCCACCGUCAAACAUGGAGGUGGAAACAUUAUGCUUUGGGGGUGUUUUUCUGCUAAGGGGACAGGACAACUUCACCGCAUCAAAGGGACGAUGGACAGGGCCAUGUACCGUCAAAUCUUGGGUGAGAACCUCCUUCCCUCAGCCAGGGCAUUGAAAAUGGGUCGUGGAUGGGUAUUCCAGCAUGACAAUGACCCAAAACACACGGCCAAGGCAACAAAGGAGUGGCUCAAGAAGAAGCACAUUAAGGUCCCGGAGUGGCCUAGCCAGUCUCCAGACCUUAAUCCCAUAGAAAAUCUGUGGAGGGAGCUGAAGGUUCGAGUUGCCAAACGUCAGGCUCGAAACCUUAACGACUUGGAGAAGAUCUGCAAAGAGGAGUGGGACAAAAUCCCUCCUGAGAUGUGUGCAAACCUGGUGGCCAACUACAAGAAACGUCUGACCUCUGUGAUUGCCAACAAGGGUUUUGCCACCAAGUACUAAGUCAUGUUUUGCAGAGGGGUCAAAUAUUUUAUUUCCCUCAUUAAAAUGCUAAUCAAUUUAUAACAUUUUUGACAUGCAUUUUUCUGGAUAUUCUUGUUGUUAUUCUGUCUCUCACUGUUCAAAUAAACCUACCAUUAAAAUUAUAGACUGAUCAUGUCUUUGUCAGUGGGCAAACGUACAAAAUCAGCAGGGGAUCAAAUAAUUUUUUCCCUCACUGUAUAACAAAGUAUUGAGAAACUUUUGUUAUUGACCAAAUACUUAUUUUCCACCAUAAUUUGCAAAUAAAUUCAUAAAAAAUCCUUGACAUAGUUGACAUGUACCUAUGAUGAAAAUUACAGGCCUCUCUCAUCUUUUUAAGCGGGAGAACUUGCACAAUUGGUGGCUGACUAAAUACUUUUUUCCCCCACUGUAUUUAUUUUGGGGUGGGUGAAUAGUUAUGCACGCUCAAGUUCUGUUUUUUUGUCUUAUUUAUGUUUGUUUCACAAUAAAAAAUAUUUUGCAUCUUCAAAGUGGUAGCCAUGUUGUGUAAAUCAAAUGAUACAAACCCCCCAAAAAUCUAUUUUAAUUCGAGGUUGUAAGGCAACAAAAUAGGAAAAAUGCAACACAAUAGUGUUGUUGGAUUUAAUUUAAUUUAAUCACCUUGUUUUAUUUGAGUGUUGUCCUAAUGGCAUAUGUUUUUCUGGCUCUGCUUUCAUGUGUGUCAAUAGGGCCCAAAACGUCAUGAACUAAAAAGUAUAAUAAAACCAAUAUUGUUUUAUAUGAGCGAGAGUCACCUAUUCCCUGAUAUUCAGCCUUUUCACUGUCUCUCUCUCUCUGUCUUUCCUCCAGUCACACGUUCUCUGAAGUGCAGGAGCACAGCGACAACUACUGGAAGUUCCAGCGCUACAACCUGAUCGUGGAGUACCAUUCCAGACCCUGUCUGGCACCACCCUUCAUCCUCAUCUCCCACCUCCAAAUCUUCAUCAAGAGACACAUCCGCAAGAUCCCCUCCAUGAAGAUCAAACACUUUGGUGAGAGAUGGAGGGAGGGAGAGGAAAGGGAGGGAGUGAGUAGGGGAGGGAGAAAGGGAGACAGAGGGAGGAAAACAGGGCCGGCGCCAGAACGAAUCAGUUGGACAGGCAUUUGAUUUCAAUAGGGUGGCACGUUUUUUCACCGGACAUCCUAUGUAUAAAAAAUAAAAAUCUUUGGUUUUAUAGUAAUGACAUGUAAUUUAACUGUAAAAAUGUAUUACCUUUUAAUGUGGCAUGAACACAACCAGUUAUGUUUUCAUCUGGUUGUCAAACAAAUCACUUCAAAAAGUAGGUUAUCUUCCCAAAAUUAUUCCAGCAUCUGAACAGUGCACUGUGCACCCGCCAACUUUCCUUCAAUUCGCAAGUGGCUGGAACUAUCUCACCGGAGAAAGCAUCAGAGCGAGCGCCCCUCUGUCUGAAUAUAGCCCAUAUAUCUGAUGCUGUCUGGCCAAAAAGAGUAUGAGAGUAUGACAUGUCAUACUCUUUUUGGCCAGACAGCAUCAGAUACAUGGGACUACACUUACUGAGACAGAGGGGCGCUGUUUCGCUCACUCAGAUGCUUUAUCUGAGAUUGAUGCACCUUUCUGUCUUUGCGUGUCUCUGUCAAAUACAUUAUUAAUAUUUUAAUAUAUUGUUUGGACGGGCAAGGAUAUGCGGUAGGGACGGGCCACGCCCCCUAAGGGCCACCUAUAACACCGGCCCUGGAGGAAGACCAAUGAUCAGAUAAUUCACUUAAGGUAUUGAACGUCCAAGUAUUUUAGAAGUCCACUUCCAUUUUUCACAUUUUCUCUUCUUCACAAUUUCUUUGUUCUUCCCUCUCUUCCCCUCCUCUUCUGUCCCUCCUUCAGUUCUGGAGAUCCAUGGUAGGGAGGCCAGUAGACUGAACACAAGGGAGGCCAUCCAGAAGGAGAAUAUAAUGUUUGCCCAGAACAAACGAGAGAGAGAGAGAGACUCAGAGAGACUCAAACGUACCUCCGUCAAGUGAGACAUCUCUCCAUCUCUCACCUAGACUAAAUGCCAGAUUCAUUUAACAGCUUCAGUUAACAGCUCGGCUUCUAUCUGGCCUAUGAAUAGAAUGGUUGAAAUGCUGUAGCUGAUGGGACCUCCUGUGUUAGGGAUCGGGUCAAUAACAUUUUAAAUUCAUGAAUCGAACUUCAAUUCACUUCUUGUGUUAGGGAUCGGGUCAAUAACAUUUUAAAUUCAUGAAUCGUACAUCAAUUCACUUCCUGAAUUGACUGAGAGGUGAAUUGACCCCUAACCUGUGUUGUGGUCCUGUGUUGUGGUCGUGUUGGAAGGGUGGACAGUGUAUUAAAGCAGAUGGCAGAGAUCCGGGACCACGACCGCAGGCUGAGAAUGCUGGAGACCAAGGUCAGUGUCAGCCUGGGCCGCUGCCACUGGUCGCAGCUCACACACAGGCUGCAAACACCCUGCUUUAUCUGCCCAGUGGCAACCAGACACACGUGCCAGAAGUUUCAGUGGUCCUAAAUGGGCAGGAUGGUUUAGUGGGUGUGUGUGGGGGUCUGUGUUCGUUAGUGUGUAAUCAUCAGUAUGUGUGUCUGAAUUUGGACUGCAGCUGUUGCAUCUGCCUGCUCAGCACUGAACACACCACAUCCGUCAUGGUUCUCGCUCUCGCUCUCUCUUUCUCUCUCCGUCUCUCUCACAUUCCCAGUUGGAGUACUGUUCUAGUGCCCUCUCCUGGAUGACGGAGGCUCUCUCUCAGAGUAACUUGAUAAAGACCACACGUCCUCCGCCCUCUCUCAGAGGUAAGGUUGCAUACAGAUAUUUGUAAUACAUACAGUAUAUAUGAUAUAGGUUACAUAUAUGAUCAAUUUCUAUGCAAGGUGGCCUCCUACCUCUCCAGUCAAUUAAUAUAAAAUGUACAUUAACUUUAUUGAUCCCCAGCACAUUUUAUUACUUGGUUUUAUGUACCAAUUCCAGUUUCUGUUGUGUUUUCUCUUUCAGAUCUGACCCCUCUCUCUCCAACUAGCUGACCAAUGUCUGAUGGAGAAUAGUGAAAUCUAGACGUGCACACACACGCCUCUUAGCUGUCCAUCAAUGUUGAUGAUGACAAAUGUUCCUCUUGUGGAUCAGGGGUAGGUGUAUGUUAUCGCUUUAAACACACACACACACACACACACACACACACACACCUACAAACACUGUCACUCAGGGCCAAAGAAUGUCAAGAAAGGCCAAACAUGGACUCGAUGCUCAUUCAGCCAUCCUUUCAAUGUCGUUUUUAAGCGUUGAUCAUUUGAACUGCUGCCAUUUUGUAUGUGGACCAUUGUUGCUCUUCUAUGUUACACUUUGUUGUUCCUAUGUUGGUCUAGAAAUCUUGUUCCUGUGGGUUAUAGAAUGGAAGGACAAUCUGUUCUUAAUGUAAUAUGUACAGUCCUUUUUAAAAGGUACAAUAAAAAUUACUCUACCCCCAUAAUGACAUUAGCAAGUACAAACGCAUUCAACCUGACACAAUCACAAAAACCCACAUUGUUUGUAUGUUGCUUUUUGGUUUUGCACUCGAAAAUACGCUCCAGUAGCUGUUUUCUGCAGUCAAUGACCAAAAGCGACCUCUUUGGCCUCAUGGGUGGAAUGUUAUUAAUAUUUUUCAUAAUUUCAUAAUUAAUCAAGAUAAAAAAAUACAAUAAAAAUCCGGUGUUUCUAUGUCAAACAAUUUUGUUAUAUUUCAGUCUUCUGUGAUGUAUAUAAACUGCAAUAUUGGACUGCAAACUCAAAAUUGAAUACAUUUCUACUCUAUAUCUGACAUGGUACAGGUGUCUCCUUUUUUUAAGCCCAUAACCAUGUGUGUGAGGUGUAUACUUUUGUUUCAAAGUAGAUAUGUUUAAGACUACCAAUAAUCACUCUUGUGUGACCCUGAUUUAGCCCACUGCAGUAAAAGGUUAUGGGCUAGAUUCAAUCAGUUCUGCCUUAACCCGCGAUAACCGGCAACUGCAUAGUAGUUUCAUUGUUUUUAUUUAGGCGAUGUCGGAGGUGUAACUCCGUUGGAGCUGUCAAAUCAGCAAAUGGCUCCCGGCAUUAUACCUAUCGCGGACAUUGCCAUUGGAUGUGCAGAGUCGCAUUAGUAAUAAUCGCAUGCAGCCUUGUUACAAGUUUGAACACUGGAAUGUGUGUUGUAAUCUACACCUUGGUAAAUAAAUAUAAGACUAACAAAAUAUUGAGGAUUUAAGUGUCAUUAUUUCUAUGUAGCAUACACUAGGGGUCUCCAACCUUUUUGCGAGCUACUCAUUUUUUUCGAGCUUUCAAAUAAGCACAUUCUUCUCUUCUCCUCUCCCCUGCAACUCUUCCCCGGGUUCUUAGUGUACAAGAUAACUGUUUUCUGUCAAUAUACCUGGUAAAAUAAUGGUUAAGAAACAACUCGAAGGGGGGCCUUCAGUUUCGUUUUUCCUGGUUUUAGAUUUGUUUUGUUUUUCACUCUCAAAAUUACAAUUGUUCAUAGAGAAACAACGAAAUUGAAAUGCUGACUCCGUGUCAAUGAUUAAACCACUUCAGAAGACACAUUUGUUUUGGUCUGGAAGAAAACGAACACAUAGAUUUUUGAUUGUAAUCCUUUAAUUGUGCAUCUGGCCCUUUAAUUGCUGAAUCUAGCAAGUGAGGAAUGUGCCAUAUAAUGGGCCGGUCUUGCGAUGGAUCUGUAGGCUUACUGCUGCUGCUCAUUUCAUGGCAAAGUUAGCAAAUAAUAGAUACAAAUGAUAUACACUACCAGUCAAAUGUUUUAGAACACCUACUCAUUCACUAUUCAUUUUUACUAUUUUUUAUAUUGUAAAAUAAUAGUGAAGACAUCAAAACUAUGAAAUAACACAUAUGGAAUCAUGUAGUAAGCAAAAAAGUGUUCAACAAAUCAAAAUAUAUUUUAUAUUUCAGAUUCUUCAAAUAGCCACCCUUUGCCUUGAUGACAGCUUUGCACGCUCUUGGCAUUCUCUCAAUAAGCAUCACCUGGAAUGCUUUUCCAACAGUCUUGAAGGAGUUCCACAUAUGUUGAGCACUUGUUGGCUGCUUUUCCUUCACUCUGCGGUCCGACUCAUCCCAAACCAUCUCAAUUUGGUUGAGAUCGGGGGAUUGUGGAGGCCAGGUCAUCUGAUGCAGCACUCCAUCACUCUUCUUCUUGGUAAAAUAGCCCUUACACAGCCUGGAGGUUUGUUGGGUCAUUGUCCUGUUGAAAAACAAAUGAUAGUCCCACUAAGCCCAAACCAGAUGUGAUGGUGUAUCGCUGCAGAAUGCUGUGGUAGCCAUGCUGGUUAAGUGUACCUUGAAUUCUAAAUAAAUCACAGACAGUGUCACCAGCAAAGCACCCCCACACCAUAACACCUCCUCCUCCAUGCUUUACGGUGGGAAAUACACAUGGGAGAUCAUCCGUUCACCCACACCGUGUCUCACAAAGACAUGGCGGUUGGAAUCAAAAAUCUCAAAUUUGGACUCCAGACCAAAGGACAAAUGUCCCCCGGUCUAAUGUCCAUUACUCGUGUUUCUUGGCCCAAGCAAGUCUCUUCUUAUUGGUGUCCUUUAGUAGUGGUUUCUCUGCAGCAAUUCGACCAUGAAGGCCUGAUUCACACAGUCUCCUCUGAACAGUUGAUGUUGAGAUGUGUCUGUUACUUACGUAACUCUAAUGAACUUAUCCUCUGCAGCAGAGGUAACUCUGGGUCUUCCAUUCCUGUGGCGGUCCUCAUGAGAGCCAGUUUCAUCAUAGCACUUGAUGGGUUUUGCGACAGCGCUUGAGGAAACUUUCAAAGUUGUUGACAUUUUCCAUAUUGACUGACCCCCCCCCCCCCCCCCCCCUUUGAAUGAGUAGGUGUUCUAAAACUUUUGACUGGUAGUGUAUAAGGGGGAUAAACCCUCCUAGGCACACACUAAUGCCUAGUCUAACCUAUAAGGGGGCUAAACCCUCCUAGGCACACACUAGUGCCUAGUCUAACCUAUAAGGGGGCUAAACCCUCCUAGGCACACACUAGUGCCUAGUCUAACCUAUAAGGGGGCUAAACCCUCCUAGGCACACACUAGUGCCUAGUCUAACCUAUAAGGGGGAUAAACCCUCCUAGGCACACACUAGUGCCUAGUCUAACCUAUAAGGGGGCUAAACCCUCCUAGGCACACACUAGUGCCUAGUCUAACCUAUAAGGGCGCUAAACCCUCCUAGGCACACACUAGUGCCUAGUCUAACCUAUAAGGGCGCUAAACCCUCCUAGGCACACACUAGUGCCUAGUCUAACCUAUAAGGGGGAUAAACCCUCCUAGGCACACACUAGUGCCUAGUCUAACCUAUAAGGGGGAUAAACCCUCCUAGGCACACACUAGUGCCUAGUCUAACCUAUAAGGGGGCUAAACCCUCCUAGGCACACACUAGUGCCUAGUCUAACCUAUAAGGGGGCUAAACCCUCCUAGGCACACACUAGUGCCUAGUCUAACCUAUAAGGGGGAUAAAUCCUCCUAGGCACACACUAGUGCCUAGUCUAACCUAUAAGGGGGCUAAACCCUCCUAGGCACACACUAGUGCCUAGUCUAACCUAUAAGGGGGCUAAACCCUCCUAGGCACACACUAGUGCCUAGUCUAACCUAUAAGGGGGAUAAACCCUCCUAGGCACACACUAGUGCCUAGUCUAACCUAUAAGGGGGAUAAACCCUCCUAGGCACACACUAGUGCCUAGUCUAACCUACAGUAUAAGGGGGCUAAACCCUUUUAGAUGUAAUUUGCCAUAGUCAUCUAGGAGAGACCUCACAAAUGACAAUGAUAACAACACGACGUCUACCUCACAAAUGACGCUGUCAUCUAGGACCAGUUGGACACCAAAGGAAGCUCGACUAGAUUUAUUACACCCAAACUGGAUGCUACAGCUGCUUAGCACACAAUUCAUUCAAUACAAUUCACACAAGCAUAUAUAUACCUUCCGAUUAGGCGGAGUCACCUCCUUGUAUGUCUAGUAUAAACAAUCAGUCUCUGUUGCUGGGCAAGAAGUGAGUCUGUUCCUCCCAUUGGUGUUAUCGUAACCCAGCCGGAGUCCAGAACCUUCAUUGUACACAGUACAAAUAUGAUAAAAAUAUGAAAAUAUAAAAUAUCUUAUCUGACGUAUUUCCUAUUCAACAAAACUGUAUGAAUAAGGCUUGAAAUUACUUAUAUGCUUUCUAAAUAUAGUAUAAUCAAAUUAUAAAAUGACUAACUAUAAGAUUUCACCUUCCUUAUAACUGCAAAAUACAUAUUUGAUUUGUCCAUAUAAGGUCCCACGGUUGACAGUGCAUGUCAGAGCAGAAACUACAGUGACUUCGGAAAGUAUUCAGACCCCUUGACUUUUUCCACAUUUUGUUACGUUACAGCCUUAUUCUAAAAUGGAUGAAAUCAUUUUUUCCCUCAUCAAUCUACACACAAUACCCCAUAAUGACAAAGCAAUAACAGUUGUUGUUUUUUAGAAUUUUUUGCUAAUUUAUAGAAAUAUCACAUUUACAUAAGUAUUCAGACCCUUUACUCAGUACUUUGCUGAAGCACCUUUGGCAGCGAUUACAGCCUUGAGUCUUCUUGGGUAUGACGCUACAAGCUUGGCACACCUGUAUUUGGGGAGUUUCUCCCAUUAUUCUGUGCAGAUCCUCUCAAGCUCUGUCAGGUUGGAUGGGGAGCAUUGCUGCACAGCUAUUUUCACCAGAGAUGUUCGAUCGGGUUUAAUUCCGGGCUCUGGCUGGGCCACUCAAGGACAUUCAGAGACUUGUCCCGAAGCCACUCCUGCGUUGUCUGGCCUGUGUGCUUAGGAUCGUUGUCCUGUUGGAAGGUGAACCUUCUCCCCAGUCUGAGGUCCUGAGCACUUUGGAGCAGAAUUUCAUCAAGGAUCUCUCUGUACUUUGCUCUGUUCAUCUUUCCCUUGAUCCUGACUAGUCCCCCAGUCCCUGCUGCUGAAAAGCAUCCCCACAGCAUGAUGCUGCCACCACCAUGCUUCACCGUAGGGAUGGUGCCAGGUUUACUCCAGACUUGACGCUUGGCAUUCAGGCCAAAGAGUUCAAUCUUGGUUUCAUCCGACCAGAGAAUCUUGUAUCUCAUGGUCUGAGAGUUCAUUAGGUGACUUUAUUAACAAAAAUAAAUAAAAUAAAAGACUAAAAUCACCAGGAAUUAAUCUAAAAAUGAAUUCCCAGCUAUUCCCACAAAUAAAACAAUAUAUAACAUUUUUCAACUUGAAUCAAACUCUGGACAUUGGAUUUGUAUGCGUCAAGACUAGGGGGCCCAAAACGUCAUGAACUAAAAAGUAUAAUAAAACCAAUAUUGUUUUAUAUGAGCGAGAGUCACCUAUUCCCUGAUAUUCAGCCUUUUCACUGUCUCUCUCUCUCUGUCUUUCCUCCAGUCACACGUUCUCUGAAGUGCAGGAGCACAGCGACAACUACUGGAAGUUCCAGCGCUACAACCUGAUCGUGGAGUACCAUUCCAGACCCUGUCUGGCACCACCCUUCAUCCUCAUCUCCCACCUCCACCUCUUCAUCAAGAGACACAUCCGCAAGAUCCCCUCCAUGAAGAUCAAACACUUUGGUGAGAGAGGGAGGGAGAUGGAGGGAGGGAGUGGAAAGGGAGGGAGGGAGAGAGUGAGUAGGGGAGGGAGAAAGGGAGACAGAGGGAGGAAAACAGGGCCGGCGCCAGAACGAAUCAGUUGGACAGGCAUUUGAUUUCUAUAGGGUGGCACGUUUUUUCACCGGACCUCCUAUGUAUUUAUUUUAAAAAAUGUAUGGGGUUUAUAGUAAAGACAUGUAAUUUAACUGUAAACAUGUAUUACAUUUUAAUGUGGCAUGAACACAACCAGUCACAAUGUUUUCAUCAGAUUGUCAAACAAAUCAAUUAAAAAGGUAGGUUAACUUCGCAGGUUCAUCCCCAAAAAUGUCCAGCAUCUGAACAGUGCACUGUGCACCCGCCAACUUUCCUUCAAUUCGCAAGUGGCUGGAACUAUCUCACCGGAGAAAGCAUCAGAGCGAGCGCCCCUCUGUCUGAAUAUAGCCCAUAUAUCUGAUGCUGUCUGGCCAAAAAGAGUAUGAGAGUAUGACAUGUCAUACUCUUUUUGGCCAGACAGCAUCAGAUACAUGGACUACACUUACUGAGACAGAGGGGCGCUGUUUCGCUCACUCAGAUGCUUUAUCUGAGAUUGAUGCACCUUUCUGUCUUUGCGUGUCUCUGUCAAAUACAUUAUUAAUAUUUUAAUAUAUUGUUUGGACGGGCAAGGAUAUGCGGUAGGGACGGGCCACGCCCCCUAAGGGCCACCUAUAACACCGGCCCUGGAGGAAGACCAAUGAUCAGAUAAUUCACUUAAAGUAUUGAACUUCCAAGUAUUUUAGAAGUCCACUUCCAUUUUUCACAUUUUCUCUUCUUCACAAUUUCUUUGUUCUUCCCUCUCUUCCCCUCCUCUUCUGUCCCUCCUUCAGUUCUGGAGAUCCAUGGUAGGGAGGCCAGUAGACUGAACACAUGGGAGGCCAUCCAGAAGGAAAAUAUAAUGUUUUGCCCAGAACAAACAAGAAAGAGAGACUCAGAGAGACUCAAACGCACCUCCGUCAAGUGAGACAUCUCUCCAUCUCUCACCUUCGAACUUCAAUUCACUUCCUGAAUUGACUGAGAAGUGAAUUGACCUCUAACCUGUGUUGUGGUCCUGUGUUGUGGUCGUGUAUGAAGGAUGGAUAGUGUCUUAAAGCAGACGGCAGAGAUCUGGGUCCACGACCACAGGCUUAGAAUGCUGCUCGCAUCUCACACACACACACUGCACACACAGGCUGCAAACGCCUGCUUCAUCUGCCCAGUGGCAAUGAGACAAACGUGCCUGAAGUUUCAGUGGUCUUUAAUAGACGGUAUGGUUCAACUUUCAAGUUUUGUUAGUCGUAUGUACGGUAUACGCAUGGCACACAUCAUCCAACGAAAUGCUUACUUGCAGGCUCCUUCUUGACAAUGCAACAACAGUAAGAACGAGUACAAAUAAAAUAAGAGUCUGGUAGCAGCAGUUGUGAUUUGUGCUAAGAUGCGGAGAAUCAGAGCAGGUCCAUUUCGAGUGUUCAGUAGUCUGAUGGUUUGUAGAUAGAAACUCUCUCUGAGCCUGUUGGUAUCAGACCUCAUGCAGGUUUAGUGUAUGUGUGUAUGUGUGUGUGUCUGUGCACGCACGUGUGUAUUCGUAAGUAUGUGUGUGUGUGUUUGUGUGUGUGGGGGCAUGUUUAACUAUACUAGGUCAAAUGCUAUGUUUAGAGGAUUUCGGGUUACGGUUAGAAUUAAUGUUAGGGUUAGAAUUAGGGUUAGGGUUAGGAGCUAGGGUUAGUGUUAGGGUUAGAAGCUAGGGUUAGGUUUACAGUUAAGGUUAAGUUUUCGGGUUAAGGUUAGGUUUUCGGGUUAAGGUUAAGGUAAGGUAAGGGUUAGGUUUAGGGUUAGGGGUUAGAGAAAAUAGGAUUUUGAAUGUGACUGAAUUGUGUGUCCCCACAAGGUUAGUAAUACAAGACUGUGUAUGUGUGUGUGUGUGUGUGUGUGUGUGUGUGGGGGGGUGUGUGUACACACAUGAUGGGGCCCCCUGGUUUCUCCCUCUGCAUUUGGACUGCUGCUGUUGUAUCUGCCUGCUCAGCACUGUACAGAGCCCAUCCGUCAUCGUCACCCCUCUCAACCCCCCCCCCCCCCCCCCCCCCCUCUCUCUCUCGCUCUCUCUUCUGUCCUUCUCCCUCCUUCUCUCCCCCCUCCACUCUCUCUCACAUUCCCAGUUGGAGUACUGUUCUAGUGCCCUCUCCUGGAUGACGGAGGCUCUGUAUGUGUGUGUCUGAAUUUGGACUGCAGCUGUUGCAUCUGCCUGCUCAGCACUGAACAGACCACAUCAGUCAUGGUUCUCUCUCUCGCUCUCUCUUUCUCUCUCCGUCUCUCUCACAUUCCCAGUUGGAGUACUGUUCUAGUGCCCUCUCCUGGAUGACGGAGGCUCUCUCUCAGAGUAACUUGAUAAAGACCACACGUCCUCCACCCACUCUCAGAGGUAAGGUUGCAUGCAGAUAUUUGUAAUACAUACAGUAUAUAUGAUAUAGGUUACAUAUAUGAUCUAUUUCUAUGUAAGGUUGCCUCCUACCUCCUACCUCCGAAAGACCUUUCCAGUCAAAAUUGAAAUGUACUUUAUUCAUCCCCAGUCAAUUGUAUUACUUGGUUUUAUGUACUAAUUUCAGUUUCUGUUGUGUUUUCUCUUUCAGAUCUGACCCCUUCUCUCUCCAUUAGCUGA